AUGACGCGGUCCCUCCGCCACCAUGAACGCACACGGGGCAGUUUCUGCCUGUGAUUUUAAAGAAUAAGUCUUAUUAUAUAUACAUUUUUUUUUUCACAAGUGCUGAAUCCACUAACCGGACUUAAGUAGAUGCGACGCCGAAUCAAUAUCCUGGUCCUGCAGAAUGUCCAAGAUCAGGCGGAAAGUAACAGUGGAGAAUUCAAAAACCAUAUCUGACAGCAGCAGCAGCACUACCACCACGACCAGCAGCACCAGCAACCCCGCCGCCCCCUCCCGCAGGCCCAGCGUGUUCGAGAGACUUGGUCCCAGCACUGGGAGUAAUGCUGCUGAUAGUCACUGUAGAAAUUGGUUGAAGACUGGUAAUUGCAGCUACGGCAGCACUUGUCGCUACACACAUGGAACUCAGCCACGAGGCAAAGGAUUUAGCUUUAGCCGGUCAACCGAGAGGCCCACAGGUGAUCUGCGGGAGAGGAUGAAGAAUAAAAGACAGGAUGUUGACCCAGAAAACCUGAAACGCGAUCUCGACGAGCCCGCAUCCCCUACAGCAAGACAGAGAGACUCCUCCAGAGGCCGACAACGGGAGAAGGAGGACAUAAAGAUCACAAAAGAACACACCCCAGCCAGUGAGGAAGAGCCCACAGAGUGGGAAACCAAUCGUGAAGAUUCUGAUAUCGGUGACUACGACUACGAGUUAUCCCUAGAAAUGAAGCGCCAGAAGAUUCAACGUGAGCUGAUGAAGCUGGAGCAGGAGAACCUGGAAAAGAGGGAAGAGAUUGUCAUAAAAAAAGAAGAGGCCCCCACCAAAACAAGAACCACCUCCUUGCCGAAGGCCUCCCCAGAGCGAUUAAGCUCCAAAGAUUCACCAUCACCAAGGAAGUCAGGUGUCUCCCCAAAACACAAAAGUGGAACCAAAUUGCCAGGCUCUGGGAAAAAAGAGAAGAAGGCAUCCAUAUCCUCACCUGUUUCAGAAUCUACCAGACCUUCAAAGGGGAGCCAUAGUAAAAAGAAAGGACCCCGUACCCCCAGUCCUCCUCCCCCAGUCCCUCUGGACAUCCCUGUGGUGGGGAAGAAACACAAAGGCAAGCACAAAAACAAGGAGAAGUCUGAGGAAAAGCAGAAGGAAGGGAAAGAUCGGGGACGCGAUACAGAAAAACACAAAGAGAAGAAGGAAAAACGCAGAGACCGAUCAGAUAGUUCCCACAAAGCCAAGCGUUCGGUGACGUCAGAGGAGUGUUCUCCCGCCAGAGUCACUUCACCCGCAGCUCGGAAGAAAUCCAUCUCUCCAAAAGCUUCAUCACAUAAAACUAAUGUGCUGGUCUCACCUCCUCGCAGGUCUCCCUCUCCUCCACGCCACCUGCGCACCCCUACUCCUCCCCGCCACCACUCCCCUUCCUCCCACUCUGGCUCCUCUGCCCAGCGGCACUCUCCCUCCCCUCGCCGGCGUCGUUCGUCCUCUCCCACUUACCACCGGAGCUCUGCGGCGGCGGCCUCCUCACCCCACAGCUCCAGGCGCUCCAGAUCACCUCCCGCCUCCCACGAUGCCUCAUCGCCCCACCGCCGAUCUGACAGAUCAAGCCCCAGCCGCCACCACUCCAGGGGCCGCGAGAGGAGUCGUGGUGACCGAGAGCGGAGUCCGCCCGCCCAGGAGCGCAGACACGAGCGCAGAGAUGAUAGUCGCAGCAAGCGAGAGAAAGACAGUGUCCGUGACGACCGGGACUAUGACUCUGAACAGGUCUCGUCACGGGACACUCGUGACGACAGGGAGACCAGAGAUCGACGGGACGCCCGCGAUCGGGGAAGGGAAACUGUCCGAGACUCGCGCGACCACCGGGACAGUAGGGAUGUAAAGGACUCCAGAGAGAGCAGAACAGAGACGCGCUCCAGUCGAGAGUCCCUGGAGCGGCGCGACCGCGAACGGGAACGAGAGCGGGACCGUGAGAAGGAGAAGGAGAAGGACAGGGAGCGGGAGAAGGAGCGAGAGCGGGAGAGGACAGACACCUACAGGAAGGAGGAUAUUGCUCAGGACGACAGGAGUUACGGGAGAGGUCACGGGCGUGAUGAAGGAGGGAGAGCUGAAGGAAGGACGGACAACAGGACAGACAGAGCUGAGAGAAACGGGCGAGGGAGAGGCCGAGCGAAUGAAACAUCAGACAAAGGCUCAAACAGAAACUCUCGGGGUUCCCAACUGGAAAGCACCCAUGACAACUGGGAUUCACGGAGUAGUGCGGUGCGAGAGAGGAGCGUGGAGAGGAGCACAGAUCGCAGCGCUACAGAAAGAAGCUCUGAGAGGGGUUCAGACCGAGAUCGCUAUGAUGGUGAAAGAAGAGAGCAGACCCGGGACUCCUCCUAUGACCGGAGAGGGGGGCACGGAGAGCGAGAUCGCAGAGACAACAGAGAGAGAGAUCAAAGAGCAGCUUCUCCCAGCCGACACCAGGGUAGAUCAGAGGAGCCUGAGCGAGAGGAGAGGAGGGAAGAGCGCAGGACAGAAAGAGUGGAGGAGAGACGGGACGAUCGAACCCGCGAGCGGGAGCGAGAGAGAGAGCGGGAGAGGGACAGGGAGCGGGAGAGGGAGAAAGAGAAGGAGAGAGAGCGGGAGAGGGACAGGGAACGGGAGAGGGAGAAAGAGAAGGAGAAGGAGAAGGAGAGGGAGGCUGCCGAGAGGGAGCGGGCCAGAGAGAGGGAACGUGAACGAGAGAGGGAGAGGGAGCGUGAGCGGGAGAGAGAACGGGAGCGUGAGGAACGGGAGAGGGAGCGGGAGCAGAGGGAGCGCAAGGAGCGAGAGCGGGAGAGGGAGCAGCGGGAACGAGAGAGGCAGCGGGAAUGGGAGGAGAGGGAGAGAGGAAGGGAUGAGAGGCGGGAGAGGAGAGACGACAACAGGGACGACCGGUCCGUCCGAGACACCCGGGACGAUCGGAAGACGAGCCGUAAGAGGCCCAGGCUUGAGAACAGCCCGAGCCCCCGUCACUCUCCAAAGCGAGCAACAAGGGACGUCAGUCCGGCGGACAGCGACGGCUACAACAGUGGAGAAGACAAAAGUGGCGACAAGCAUCGUCUGCAUAGCCAGGUGGUGCGGCCCCAGGAGCCCUUGUUGCGUUCUCCACCGACGGCUGCUCCGCCCGAUGACAAGCCCGGUCACUGGAAGGACGAAGAGCGCAGAGGAGCCGGCGUGGACAAAAGGGAAGCACGCAGCCGACAUGAGGACGUGGACCCUCGUGGGGAACGUGUUCGGGGAGGUGACAGACGAGCAGACCCUCCUUCGGACGUGCCGCCUGACUCCCGUAGCAGAGGCAGAGAGCAACGGGAAUCCACUCCUCCUCCGCCGGCCCCCGCUGCCAGCGUCGAAAACAGAGACGCCGCCGGCACCCAAUCCCACGAGGAAGGCAAAAAGAAGACAAAGUCGCAGAAGAAAGGGCUGAAGAAGGGUCGCAAAGAUGAGGAGGUUAGCGCUGCCAACAACCUAGCUGCUGUUGGGGACCGCUUUAACCCCGAGCCCCCGGCUGUUGCUCCUGCAGAUGCUCCUCCACCCUUGCUAUCUCCAAGGAAAUUAGGCAAGAAGAAGGCGAUUGACCGGAAGAGGAAACGUUCGCGAGGAGCAGAAUCUGAUGUGUCUGACGAGGACACUUCAGCCCUUCAGCCACAUAAUAAAAAGAAGAGAGGCCCCCGGACCCCACCUCCCUCCAUGAGGCCUGAUCACCGUGGUACUGGAGGCAACGCAGAGCCGCCUGCGCCAACCAAAAUGGACAACUUCAGUGACUGGUCAGACGAAGAGGUCACAGAACGAGGAGGACCAUUGGAAGCACAAGCUCCCCUCGCUCCUGCUGAGCCUGUGAGGAGAAGUGGUGGUCCAAGGCUGGGCAGGGACAGGGACAGGUGCAACCCCCCACCAAUUGCCCCUUUACUACCCCAGGAUCCUCCCAUGCUCCUGCAGACUUUGACUCCACAGCCCCUCAUGUCCCAGCCCCUGCUCCGCAAACCUCCUCCGGAGCAGGCACGCAGCAGCAGCAUGGGCAGCAACCAGAGCCGCACAUCAUCCCGACGCCUGCGAUCCCCCUCCAAUGAGUCAGCGCACAGAGAAGACCCCCAGGGUCCGCGAGCCCGCCGGGGGAGGCUGCAGGGCACCAACUCUCGCGACCGGGAGAGAGAAAGAGAACGGGAGCGAGAGAGGCCAGUUGUUAAUGACCCUCCUGUGGCUGAGAGGAAAUCUCGAAUUGACCAGUUGAGGAGAGGAGAGCCCAGCCGCAGCACCUCAUCAGACCGGCAGGAUUCUCGCAGCCACAGCUCCAGGCGCAGCUCUCCUGACUCUGAGAGGCAGACCGGAUCCAGGUCCCGCGCUGGCUCCUACGACAGUCGAGAACGGGAGAGGGACAGGGAGCCGUUUGAGCGUGACCGAGACCGAAAGGACCUCCGGCCUCCUCCUCCUCCUCCGCAGCCUCUGCAGCAGCAGCCGCCCCUGCUCCUCCAACCACCGCUCCAACAACAACGAGACUGGGAGCCCGAACCUAGGGACUGGCCCAGCAGGGGGCGGGAGCCCCUGCUCAUGCGUCCUGGCCGCGAACCUCUCCUGAGGGAGCGCGACAUCAGGGAGAGGGAACGCUUGCUCCCUGAAGGACUCAUCCAGCAGCAUGAGCGGGAAAGGGAGCGAGAGAGGGAGCGGGAGAGAGACAAUAGAGGGGAAAGAGGCGUCGUCGAUCGAGAGAGGAUGAUGAUGAUGGACCUCCCGCCCCAUGGAGACCUCAGGGCUCUAGGACGAGGGGACAUGAGGGGAGAAAUGAGAGGAGACCUGCGAGGGGACAUGAUGAGGCAGGACAGGGGCGACUAUGAGCCUCUAUUGCCCAGAGAAGCCUUCAGCCCUCCAGAGCCGGAGAAAGCGAGCAACAGCCACCAUCUCAUGGGCGAGCAACGGGAACGGGAGCUGGAGAAGGCGGACAGCGUCGACGGCGAUGACGACGGUAAAGAAGACGACAGCCAGUCAGUCGCGUCUGUUGGCGAGGAGUAUGAGCCAAUCAGUGAUGAUGAGCUGGACGAAAUUCUGGCUGAUAGUCAGAAAAAAGAGGAUCAGCAGGACGAUGAAAAAAUUACAGGUCCCCUGGACGUGAUCGAUGUGGACUGGUCCAGCCUGAUGCCCAAACAGAAGCAGGAACCCCGGGCAGCAGGCGCAGCGCUGCUCCGAUUCACCCCAGGGGCCGUGCUCCUCAGGGCGGGCAUCUCCAAGCGACUCGCCGGGCCAGAGCUCCUGGAGCAGGUCAGAGAGGUGUGCAAGUCCGAGCUGGAGGACCCUAAAGAUGCUGACAAGUUGUUCGAACAUGAGCUUGGGGCCCUGAACAUGGCAGCACUGAACAGGCGGGUGGAGAGGGCAGGGUUACUGACCAACCUUGGGCCCUGCUGCAAGGCCCUGUGCGCCCGCAGGGACUUUGCCAUCCGACGGCAGCUGUUAAAAAAUGACAAGGGCCUAACCAAGCAGUACCCAGCUACACCCGUCGUAGACAGCGAGCUGCUGCAGAUGAGCAUGCGUCUCUUCAGAAGGACCAUGGCAGGCCCGGCCUCGGCCCCAGACAGGUCAGACACUGGGUCGGGGCCGGCAGUGGAGGUUUCUGCAGCUGGCAGCAGUAAGCUCAUAACAGCUCAGCCUGAGGUGUGCGUGUCCUGAAAGAAAAAAGGGGCAUAGUGAGUAAAAGACAUGCAAGUGAACGCCUCCAAGCCUUCACUACCCCACAAACUCCAAAUCUCCCGUUUCUCUUUCCCAUCCCAUUACAUACACAGCCUUUUUUAGACACGAGGGGAAAUAAAGAAAAAUAGCAAAAUUGUGAAUUUCAUUUAUGCUUUACAUGUUUUGGAUGCUCUGCAAGUGCUGUGCCAUAGACUAUUGGACAUUCUAGCAUAUGGAGGUCUGAAAUUAACCAUGUACGAGAAACCUAAAACAACUGAACUGACUGUUUUUUUUUGUGCAUUACAGUAUUUUAAAGCAGCUUUUUUAAUUGUCCAUGUCACCUGCCUAACCAAGUUCAAAUUACUGUUUUGUUUUCAUAUAUUGUGCAUUGGUUACUACAGCUGUGCAUUAAAAUGGUUAGAUGUUGAUUUCUGUCGCGGCUCUUUUGCUUUGUAUCAAGUGACUGUCCAGCCUUAAAAUAAUGUGACACUUGAAGUUGUGAUGACUGUUUUUUGUUUACAUCAUUCCACAAAAUAUCUGACAGCAUUUUGCUGCAGAGAAGUUACUGACCAGAAACAUCCUGCGGGGACUUGAAUGAAUGUUUCUCACACGACUGAGCACUGCCAAACUAUUCUUUCAGGGAAUGUCAAUUGUUAGUCUGUGGAAACUUUUUUUUUGCUUUUUGCAUCAUUGAUUUGUUUUGAAUAGUUUGGCAAUGUCCUGAACUGAACUGAACUGAAAGCGAGUGAAAAGAAACACUGCAGCCUUCAGAAAACCAGAUCGUCAACACUGCCUUGUGGAAUUCCUCUCCUUAACGUUCACCAGCCUACACCAUCCAAAAAAAGGGAGCCACUGUGCUCCCAAUAGGAAAAGACACUAGCGUGUUUAGGUAAAAAUGACUGAAACUAACGUAUUUGAACUUGAAAUUUCAUUCAACCAGUCACAAUAAGAAAAAAAAAAUCCACGGGGGGAUACACUGGGAUGGAGUUGUGUCACCAUUUGAAAAGACCAGGUGGUGCAUGCUGCAUUUGCUGGGACAGAAAUUCAAAGGACACCCCAUUAGUGUUGCACUGAACAAAGUUAGAAUGGAAUAUGGCUGAUAUCUUAGAGACCUGGAUUCAACGUGACACCGACCUCCUGGCCGUCCAACUGUGACUUUGGAUCUAAGUGACAUACAGACACGGAGACACGGCUCUGAUGAGUCCCGCAAUCGUUAUUGAUGUUUGAAGACACUUUCCCUACUAAAUGUUUAUUUUGACAAGGUGUGCAAGUAAUGAAAUCUGUUUCAACGCUGUAUUUUUUAUUUUAUUUCAAUGUAAAAUAAAUGUAGUGACGUUUUUAAAGUUUGCAAUCAUGA